AUGCCUAUUUCAGUUAAAUCUGUUGUUAGCAAACUUUUGGCUUUUGCCGGACUUGUUUCAACAACGACGUCAAGAGAACUCGAAAAACGUGAUACUGAUAUUGACUGGCUCAAUUAUCAAUCGGAAGAAGCAUACAAACAAUCCGAACUCAUUACACCUUUAGAAUGGGGACAAUUGAAUUUUAUACACACUACCGACACACAUGGUUGGCUUGAAGGACAUGCGACUGACGAUCGGUAUAAGGCGAACUUCGGGGAAUUCAAGUCAUUUGUGCAGCGCAUGAAAGACAUUGCUGCACGAAAGAAUGUGGAUUUAAUUGUCAUUGACACGGGCGAUUUGCACGACGGCACUGGUUUUUCUGACCUCACGACACCAGACGGUAUCUACACGGACGAGAUUUUCAAAAAUUUACCCUUUGAUGUUUUAACCAUUGGAAACCACGAGCUAUACAACUCCGAUGUUUCAAAAUAUACUUACUCGUCGUUCGUUCCGCAUUGGAAUGGUCGUUAUUUGACCUCAAAUGUUGAUAUCUUUGAUCCAAAUACGGGCAAGCAAGUUCCUUUUGGCAAACGUUCGUAUUAUUUUACUACUAGCCAUGGUGUUCGCAUAAUGGCAUUCGGUUUUCUUUUUAACUUUAGAGGUCACAGCAGUGCUACUGUCGUUACGCCUGUUGAGGAUGCAAUUAAGACUGAUUGGUUCCAGAACGACAUUCAUCGUAAUGAUGUUGACCUGUUUUUGGUUUUGGGUCAUAUCCCUGUUCGUAAUUGGGAUGAGUGGAGAAAACUGCACGCAGCAAUUCGUGCCGCUCAACCCAACACGCCAAUCCAAAUGUUUGGUGGUCAUUCCCAUGAUCGUGAUUUUACAGUUUUUGAUGAUAGUGCUACUGCCCUUGAAUCAGGUCGUUAUUGUGAAACGGUAGGCUGGCUUUCAAUUGACGGCCUUGUGGCGUCUUCUGCUCCUGUUCAACAUACUGGCUCUAAAGUUUCUGGUGUACAGAGCGUACAGGCGUAUGCAAAUUUGCCCCAUCCUAAUGUCGCUCUUUCUUAUUCCCGUCGCUAUAUGGAUUUUAACCGCGGGGCCUUUGUUUUCCAUACUGGUACCACGGAUGCCACCUUUGACACAUCUGAUGGCUCAAACCUCAGUCAGCAGAUAAUGUCGUAUCGUCAACAACUUGACAUGUCUGAACCUUUUGGUUGUAACCCACAAAACUACUACAUGACCGAAGUUCCCCACGAUUCGAAAUACAGUUUGUUCCGCUUUUUUAACGAAGAGGUCUUUCCCGACAUUGUCAAAAAUGAACGCGGUGAUUUACCACGCGUUAUAUUCUCUUCUGGUGGUGCGUUUCGUGCCAAUUUCUACAAGGGUGAGUUUAACAAGGAUACAAUGUUUCAAGUUUCACCAUAUAACACAGACUACUUCAAUUAUCUUCCUGAUGUCCCUUACAGUUAUGUCAGGUAUGCUUAUGAAAAACUGAACGGAGGUAAUAAACUGAGAGAUGAUGAAGCGAAGUACCACAAAGUUCCUGGUUAUACUACAUAUGAUGAUUUAGGGGGAAAUGGUGAUGAUACUCUCCAUUCUAACGUUCCUUACUACACUGCUCCCAAUCUUAUGUUUCAGGAAGUUAAUAUCGACACUAAUGACGAACCUGAAACUGUUGAUGUCAUAGCUUUGAACUAUCUUCAAAAGAAGCUCACCGCAGCUAUUAACGAGGCCGCAGGAAAACAACUAUACAAGACAGGAGAUUGGUUGCAAUACUUCGUUCGUGAAGACCAUCGCGAUUCUCUGACUGAUAUUCUUCCUCUUUAUGCGGAGAAGCACUGGCCAAAACAUUGCAGUAAUUAGUCAUGGAUAUUACAGUACCCGCGGUGUGCUAACCGUGGUGACCGAUAGUUCAUAGUAAUAUAUCGGGUUCUUACUUAAUUAAUCUCCUACAACGCAGAGUAAAGUCGAUGAAGAAAAAUUGGAGGUUAGUUUAGUAUGUUUUAAACAAUUGUCAGUGUCGCGGGGUUAUAUAUGUCUCUGCUAUGCUUAUCCG